CAACACCACCGCCCUCGACCAAUCCACUUGACCGCGCGCGCGCAUCACCAGCGUUGCAUAAUUCUUGAGAUACCCCAUCCGCGAGCAUUGUCACUUGACGACUGUCACCAUCCCUUGCCCUGCUGCUGCUGCUGCUGCUGUCGCAAACCACGGGCUCACAGCACAUCAGGACCUUCGGCGAAGGGCACUCCAGCUUAACAUCAGCAUUUGAUUCCACGUCAUUUGCCUUCACCCCUGAGGACUCGCCGCGAGCUUCACAUCUGAUCAGCCAAUCCACAACAACUUCUUUCCAUUGCAAGCAGCUCGAAGCUCCCCAGCAAACAUUCGCACAACCCGCCCAUUGAAUCAACGCCCAACAUGUCUUCGGGCAAGAGCGUCAACGUUCCUACGAACACCAAGAUCAAGGAGCAAGAUGUUAAUGCCAAGCUCCAGCUCUACGGCAUCUACUCAGCAUUUGCGCAAGGCAAAGUUCCUACCAACAAGCAGAUCGACGUUGCUUUGAACACGGCCAUCAACUGGAAGGGCCUCUCGCAGCCCAACGGCAAGCUGUCCGCCGAUGGACAGAAGCUGGUCAAGGACCUCCGCGAUGUCAUCGAGAAGGCGAAAGUACUCCUUCUCACCAAGAACGAUGGCAACGUCCUUCAGGACUUCAUCUGGCAGACACAAGCUAUUGGUGCAGGAGACGCCACUACUCCUAAUGCACCAGUAGACAAGGAUACCGCUAAGCAGCACGGCAACCAGGCUGUUGAGGGUCUCCGCACCCUCGGCACGCUCAUCAUCACCAACGGCCAAUUCCGCAAGCUUCUCAACGAUGCUGUUAUCCUCUUCCGUGACAUCGCCGGUGAUGCUGCGCAAAAUGCUGCUUCGGCUAUCAACCCGGACGAGCAGAAGCUUGCGCAAAUCGAUGCUCCAGCCGAGGACAACACCUGGCAUGACGCUCCUAAUCUCUCCAAGGAGAACAUCAAGAAGCAAAUCAACGCCAACGCCCCUUUCUCCAAGAAAGAUGCCAAGGAUGCUGCCAGCCAGGUCGCUGGUGAUGCCACUCAAGCUGCCCACCCAUCAGGGUCGCGCGAUCCAGCUGACGCUGCAGCACUCGCUCAGAAGGAGCAGCAGGAAGGCGUGUCCACUGGUCUCGAUGCCCAAGCGGGUGCCAAGGCUGGUAAGGAUACCGUUAAGAACAAGACAUGGAAUCAGAUGAACGAGGAAGACAAGCAGCGCUUACGCGAGUACCGCCAAAAGACUAAGGAGUACUUCCAGAAGAAGGUUCCAAAGGAGCGCCGCGAGCAGAUCAUCUACCGCUUGAAGAAGAUGGUAGUUGAGAUCCAAGGCCACCAGGACUACCAACAGGCCAUUGAAACUUUGCUCCGCCUGGCCGAGGAAUACACUGGCCAUACCAAGAACCUCGCGGCUCAGUCCCAAGGAGCCGUCAAAGGUGCCCAUUCCCAGGAUUCUCUGACUAUCGCGGAAGCUGACUUGAGGACACUUCUCGAACGCUUUGCCAACAGCACGUCAUUCGACGACCUUUUCGAAUCUAUUAACCAGAUUUACACCGAUGCAGACCGUGACCCGGAGCUGAAGAACUUCUUCAAGAAUGCCAAUAGCUUUAUUCGCCGCUGCCUCCAAGAGCAGGGCUACAUCCUCCAGGACGAAUCCAACGAGGAAUGGAACCGCCUCUACGACCACGGUAACUUCCUCCUCCGCGACCGCUACCGCAACCACACCGACCGUAUUGUCGACGAGGUCAAGUUCUUGGCCGGCCAAUUCGAGGAGGACCCACAGAACAAGGCCUUUGGCGAGGCUAUGGACAAACUGUUCAAGGACCUUGGCAACGACUCCGAUGGCAAGCCAGAGUUCAAGCCACAUCUUGUCAAGGAUCUCACCGAGGUUCUCAUCCCAGCGUUCUUCGAGAAUGUGCGCUACAUUCCAAUUCCACGAAUUGAAGUUUCCGACCCACAGAUCGAUGCCAUCGUUGAGAACCUCGUCAUCGAGGGCGACAACCUGGCACCAAAUAUGUUCGAGUUCGGCUCGGACAACUACUGGCGAUGGGGCCGCAAGGGCAUUCAAAACCGCAACAAGAACAAGGUCAUGCUAUCUGCUAGCGGCAUCCAGAUGGAUCUGCGUGACGUUGCUUACUACGUCAAGAAGAAGCAAGGCUUCCCAGGUGUUACCGACAAGGGUGUCAUGGACAUCUUCCUCGGCGGCACCGGCUUGAGUUUCAAGGUGGCGAUGGAGACUGCCGACAAGAACGACCGUCAGCACUUCUUCAAGAUCAACACCGUCAGUGUUGACAUCAAGAACAUGGACAUCAAGGUCAAGCAGUCCAACCACAAGUUGCUCUUCAAGCUCUUCAAGCCAGUUCUAUUCAAGGUGCUCAGACCAGUCAUCCAGAAGACUGUUGAGAAGCAGGUUCGUGAUGCCGUCACGAAGGCUGACGCAUUCCUCUACCAAGUCAAGCAAGAGGUCGAUCGCGUCACCGAGGAGGCGAAGAACAACCCAGAUCCAGAGAAUUUGGAGAACAUCUACCAGCGCUAUUUCAACGCUUUCCAGAAGCAGCUGCAGAAGGGAGAGCAGAAGAAGGAGGAGGUCAAGGAGAAGGCCGCUCAGACCAACGUCAACGUUGCCGUCACCAAGAACGACUCCAUUUUCAAGAACAUCUCGCUGCCAGGCGGCAUCUCCACCAAGGCUACCGAGUACCAGGAGCUUGCCAAGAAGGGUGACAAGUGGGAGUCGCCAGUCUUCAGCAUUGGCAGCGCAAAGGAGUCAUCUGGCCUCCCAAGCGUCUCUCGCCCAACGCGAAAGCCACACGCCGUCACUCAGGGCGGCGUGCGUGGUCAAUCAUCAAGCACCUCCGGAGCUGGUGUUGGUGGUUUUGGCGGCACCCCGAUCGUCAAUCAGCCAGUUGGCCUCUCUGACAACCCAGUCGGCGCAUCACAGACUAACGGUAACUUCGCCAACCAGGUCAACGAUGCCUUCAAGCCAAAUGCCAACAUCUAGAAGGCUGCCAGAAGUAGCAAUUCCUCAGGUCUUGUCGACAGUUUUCGACUUGGUGACGUAACCGCGAUACAAAAGCUCGGAUACCCUCAUGUACGAUCGCUGUUUCGGGCGUUGGUCAUCAGAUGGAGAGAUACCCAAACUUGUUUGUUCUGGAGAAAUGAUACCACUGCUGCGUUAGAAAGAGGAGAAGAAAAGAGGACAGGAAAUGGACACAGCCGAUACUCUCAGUAAUAUGCACUCGGCGAGCUUACGACUCUCGCUUUCGAGUAACUUUUGUAGUCUUUUUGAAAAUUGAUGGGUUUCCCUU